AUGUGUCCGGCGCGGCUCGGGCGGGCAGCGCGCGGCUCCGGGGACACGCACAGGCAUCGGACCGGGACCGGGACAGGGACCGGGACCGGGACCGGGACCCGACGGCGCUGGGGCCGCACCGGGGCCAGGACGGCUCCGCGGCAGCGCCGGCGGGGAGUUACCGAGGAGGAAGAGCCGGUGUCCAGCCCUCCCUGGCGUGUAGGAGGUGAAAAUGGGCCGGAAAAAGAUCCAGAUCAGUCGGAUAUUGGAUCAACGGAACCGGCAGGUGACCUUCACCAAGCGGAAGUUUGGGCUGAUGAAGAAGGCGUACGAGCUGAGCGUCCUGUGCGACUGCGAGAUCGCCCUCAUCAUCUUCAACAGCACCAACCGCCUCUUCCAGUACGCCAGCACCGACAUGGACAAGGUGCUGCUCAAGUACACGGAGUACAGCGAGCCCCACGAGAGCCGCACCAACAGCGACAUCCUCGAGACACUGAAGCGCAAAGGGCUGGGGCUGGAGAGCCACGAGCUGGAGGUGGACGAGGGGCCGGAUCCCGAGGAGAAGGCGCGAAGGCUGAGCGAAGGCAUGGACCUGUCGGUGCCACGACCCAGGUUUUAUAGCCCAGCACCGCUGCCCGAUGCAGCCUAUGGCAGCUCCCCACCGGCCACCACCGCGGCCCUGAGCAGCACCAGCGCAUCCCCGCAGGGCCAGGGCCGCCCGCCCGCCUUCAAACCAGCACCGCCGAAGCCACCAGGACGCUCCCCAGGGCCAUUGCCCCCAGGUAUCGGCUACCCCCUCUUCCCUGCUGGCAGCCUGAACCGGGCCCUGGCCACCAAGACGCCCCCCCCGCUGUACCUGGGGGCCGAGGGCCGGUGUGGGGAAGCCCACAGCAGCUUGGUGAGCGGCCGCAGCGGUGGCACUGCCACGCGACCACUGUACCCUGCUCUGCAGACCCUGAGCCCUGUGCUCACCCCAAGCAGCUCCAGCAUCCCAAGCCACAGCCUCACCAAUUUCCCCUUCCUCACCCCAGCCCAAGCUGCAGAGUUUGGUGCUGGUGAGGCCCCACCACCCCCCGGCUUCCUGCAGCCUGGCCCCACAGCAUGGCAGCAGCCACGGGACAUGGCAGCACUGGGGGUCAGCAGCCGGAUUGCCCCUGCUGAAGAGCCGGCCCCCGGCGCCUCCCCGCAGCACCAAGCCAUCAGCAUCAAGUCGGAGCGGGUCUCCCCGGGGCUGGGCUGCCCCUCGGGCACCCCGCAGCCGCCCGCUGCCAGCCUGGCCUCCCUGAGCGAAGCCUCCCGAGGCCCCGGAGACCAUCAGCCACGGGACGACUACGCCAAGGGGUACCCGUACCCCCUGGCCCCCCCGCGGCCGCUGCCCGAGGAGCAGCGGGUCCCCGUCCCCAUGCGACGAGCGCAGGCCAUGGACACUUGGCAGAGAUAGCGAGGCCGACGGGGUGCAGGGGGGUGGGCUGAGCCUGGAGGGGAGCCCCGCACUUCAUCCGCAUCCUCAGACCCCCAAGAAGCCCUUUGCAGUGCUCCCUGGGGGGUCAGCGAUGCCCCAGGGCUUCCCCUGGGGUUUCAUCCAUCACCUCGGGGCUGCAGCUCCCAGCAAAUCCCUUCCCCACCCCGGUGCCCCCCACAGGCUGCUGAGCCCCCCCUUCCUGCAGCUCUGACCCCCCCCGCAGCCCCGGCCGGGACCCC